AUGCUGUAGAUGCAGCUGAUUUCCAUGAUGUUUCUUUGGUGCAGCUCAUUUGUUAUAGCUCUCUGUCUUAGGGUUAUUUAUGCCCUAAAUGGCCCUGCAGCAGAUCUCGUUACGUCCCUCCCGGGGCUGAGCGAAACCCCAAACUUCCAGCAUUACUCUGGUUAUCUCCAGGCUGCGCAAGGAAAAUACUUACACUACUGGUUUGUGGAGUCACAGAACAAUCCAUCCACAGAUCCAGUGGUGCUCUGGUUGAAUGGAGGUCCAGGGUGUAGCUCCAUGGAGGGGUUACUGGCUGAGAAUGGGCCAUUCCAUUUACAUGACGACGGCACAGUCUAUCUAAACCCUUACAGCUGGAACCUGCUGGCUAACGUGCUGUAUGUGGAGUCUCCCCCUGGAGUGGGCUUCUCCUAUUCAACUACUGGAAACUACCAGACAAGUGAUCCCCAGGUUGCUGAGGAUAACUACAACGCCCUCCUAGACUUCUUCAACAAGUUUCCCUCCUUCACCUCCAAUGACUUCUAUGUAUUUGCAGAGAGUUAUGGAGGCAUCUACGCACCCACUCUCUCAAAGCUCAUCGCCAGUAGCUCUGCUAACAUUAACUUCAAGGGCAUGGGUGUAGGCAAUGGUAUGACUAGCUACACCAUCAAUGACAACUCCUUGGUCUACUUUGGAUACUAUCAUGGCCUCAUUGGUAACAGCUUAUGGAAUGAAAUAAAUCAGUACUGCUGUUCCAGUGGCACCUGCAACUUCGACAGUAAUAGCAACAGCAACUGCCAGAAUGCAGUCUAUAAUGCCCUAUAUCUGAUCCAAGACAUUGGAUUAAACAUCUACAAUGUGUAUGCCCUAUGCUAUGGAGGAGCAGGAGCACAAAGCCGUUAUACUGCAGACAUGUCCAACUUAUUCCGUCAUUACAGAUUCAAAUUCCAAGACCAAGUGGAUGUUUCUGUUCCCGGUGAUCCCAGGUGUUUUAAUGGGACAGCUUUGUACGUUUGGCUGAACAAUCCCAAUGUCCGAGCUGCCUUACACAUCCCCACCUCGGUGCAGUCCUGGGAACUGUGCAGCUCCACUGUUGGUUCACUAUACCAGAGGACGUACAGUGACAUGACUCCAUUUUACCAGUAUCUGCUGCAGCAGAACCUUAGACUGCUGGUCUACAAUGGAGAUGUUGACAUGGCUUGUAACUUCCUAGGUGCAGAGUGGUUUGUGGAAGCCCUCAACCAAUCGGUGGUGAACCAGUAUGGACCAUGGUAUUACAACAACCAGAUUGCUGGCUACGUAAAACAAUAUGAGAACAUCACUUUCCUCACUGUGAAGGGUGCUGGCCACAUGGUUCCGCAGUACAAGCCUGCUGCUGCUCUUCAGAUGUUCAAAAAUUACUUGUCUAACUCUUACUAACUAACAUUUAAUAACUAAAUCUACAGUUAUGAUUGAUGCAGCUUACUUCAAAGCUCACUGUAGUCUGCAAUGAUAAUUAAAAACAGUA